AUGAGGAAGCCAGCAGCUGCUGGCGUCGGAGCGCUCACCGAGGACAACUUGAAGAAGCACGAGCAGAUCGUAUCUUCAGGUGCGGACGGCGCCAGGACAGAGGACGAAGUUGGCGAGAAGUUCAGGCAGCUCGACAAGAAAAGCCAGAUGAGUGUAUGGAAGAUGUUCGAGAAGAGCCGUCAGAGCGAGGGCAACGACGCUGAUUACAAGAACAGCACCAAGGGCACUGGCAGCAACGAGAAGAAAACUAGGCUGCUGAAGAAGUGGAUCUUGGACAAGGGGAGGUGCGGCAACCACUACCCGGGCUACCUUCAAGAGAUCAACCUCGACAAGUCAAGGAAGGUCGAGGAGGAUUGGGUUCCGUUCGCCACGGCCGAGAAGCGCCGGGGCAAAGAGGAGUUGGCAGCACGAGUCAAGUCGGGGACGAUCAGGGCGAGGCGCGACCCGAAGGACACGCGGUUCUGGGAGUUCCAGGUGGUCACAGAUAAGACGUCGGUGACGUGCUCGUUCCAGAAGAAGCUCCAGUUGCGCUCAGACUCCAAGAAGGCAGUGGACAACAAGACGUUCCACAGGUUCCAGGUUGCGGACCCCACCAAGCUCGACGAGCACGACUUCAUGAUUCAAGAUAACGAGGUUGAUGACUCGGAGGUCGAGGACGACGCUGGCGAUAUUGACGUGGACUUGGCAAAGACGCUCGGCAUCAAGAACAGCAAGGGUAAGGGCAACGCUCCGAAGGGCGGCAAGCCGAUCGCUCUCGACUGGGACGCGAUGUCCGAUAUCGACGGCGUGUCCAAGGACGACGUGCAGAUGCGGAUGAUCAAAUUCAAGGAGGCGCUGGAGAAGGACGAGUCGUUCUUGGACAAGGUGAGCAUCAAGUACUUCCAGCGUGACCCGAAGGGCCACAAGGACGACAUCAACAAGCACCGCUCGUACAUGAAGAAGAUGACCAGCAUCCUCGACGAAAUCAAGCAGAACCGCAACCAAUCGAAGAUCAAGAAGGACUCCGCGAAGAAGACGAUGAUCGACAGCAUCGCUCUGAUGCGUCUCGUCAAAGCUUUCAAGGUCGACCUGAAGAAGAGGGGCAUCACGAUCACGGCCAAGAAGAACCCGAACAAGGACGGCAUCGAGGAGGAUGGAGAUGACGAGCUGUGA